CCGAUAUGCCGCGAUAAUGGCUCGACGGCUAAACAAUAACAAAAGUUAACUUAAAACAAAUCGUACAAAAUAUUUUGCAGCAAAGCAUCGUCGGCCUUCGAGCGAGCACAUUCUGCCAGUUACGGCAAAUAAAUAAAAUAAAAAAGAAACGAAUACGCGGCGAGCCGGUUCCGACGUCGUGUUUUAAAAAACGAAUUGUAAUGCCGUUUCAGUAAUAAAAUAUUUCAAAUUAUUAACGAUAUGGAGAUAGAUAUAUUUUUCUUUUAAAAUGAAAUAAUGUGAGUUGUUUGUAUUUUUAAUUGUACUUAGAAAUUCUGGUAGAGAAAUUGAUUGAAUGACAGUGUGUGUACUAAAAAGUGGUGACGUGCUAUCGUAAAAUCAACUUACUUUCAUUUGUGCGGUUGCAACUUGAUUGAAAUCGUAAGUGAGUAAGCAAUUGGCGAUGGCUGGCUGGGUGCUACCGCUGGUUCUGGCUGCUCACCUAGUUCACUGCAACGAUGAGAACACAGUCAAGGAUGUCACACCUAUUAUCUACGAACCAUCAUGGGUGUACAAAUGCGUUACCAACGAGGGUUGCCAGCGUUCAAACCGACCCCAUCCCAGCUCAUCAUCCAAUUCUUCGGCUCCAGUCUUCGAGAGUUUGGACCACUGUCGGUUGGUCUGUGGUCGGUUUGGUGGACUCUGGCCCAGACCAGUUUCAGCCACCCUCAGCAUGCAAACUGUUUCUUUCCAUCCUAAUUAUUUAAGAUAUGAUCUCCACGAGGUGCCAGCCGAAGCCAGGGCGAUGCUAGCCAAAAUGACCCAGGUGACCAGUGCCAACCUGCUGGCAGAGUGUGGCCGCAACGUCACGAAGAUCUCCACCACUCCUGUGGUCGUCUACCUUACUGUCAAGAGUCCCGAUCUGUCUCUAACCUGGGAUACAGAUGAGGAAUAUGUUUUGGAUGUUCAAACAAAAGAUGGCAACGUGGCCGUCCGAAUCAUUGGUGAAACUAUAUACGGAGUACGUCAUGGGCUCGAGUCUUUUUCACAACUGGUCGCUGCUGACAAACCAGAAUUUUCUGACGAAAAGGAAUGUGGUCUUCGCAUGGUUACUGGGGCCAAGAUACGGGAUCGUCCUGUUUACAAACAUAGAGGAUUAGUCUUGGAUACUUCAAGGAAUUUUAUCCCGAUGAAAGAUAUCAAGAGGACCAUUGAUGGCUUGGCCGCUACUAAAAUGAACGUUUUCCAUUGGCAUGUGACUGAUUCACACAGUUUUCCUUUGGAGUCUACUCGGGUGCCACAGUUUACUAGAUACGGUGCAUAUUCAUCAUCAGAAAUCUAUUCGGCUAAGGAAGUGAGGGACUUGGUGGAAUAUGCGCAAAUACGAGGAGUUCGUGUGGUUAUCGAGAUAGAUGCGCCUGCGCACGCCGGCAACGGUUGGCAGUGGGGCAAUGAUUACGGGUACGGGGACCUGGCGGUUUGCGUCAACUCCCAGCCCUGGAGGAACCUGUGCAUCCAGCCGCCGUGUGGCCAGCUCAAUCCUGCCAACGAAGUCAUGUAUAAAGUCCUAAGGAAUUUGUACAGAGAUAUCGCUGAAGUACUGCCCAAGCCUGCGCUGUUCCAUAUGGGUGGAGACGAGGUUUUCUUCGGGUGUUGGAACUCAAGUCAAGACAUCCAAUCGUACAUGGCCAACAAAGGCUUCAGUUUGGACCAAGAAGGCUUCAUCCGGCUCUGGGCAGAAUUUCACGCAAAGUCCCUUCAGAUUUGGGAUGAGGAACUGGUGGCCGAAGGAGCAGUGGGAAACCAACCGGUGAUGCUUUGGUCUUCAGAGCUUACCCAAGCGCAUAGGAUACAGAAGUAUCUGAAUAAGGACCGCUACGUCAUUGAAGUAUGGGAGCCACUGAGUAGUCCACUCCUCACUCAACUACUAAAGAUGGGUUACCGCGUGGUGUCCGUGCCCAAAGACAUCUGGUACCUAGACCAUGGGUUCUGGGGGACCACCAGGUUCUCCAACUGGAGGCGUAUGUAUUCCCACAUUCUCCCGCGGGAUCCGGGAGUGUUGGGUGGGGAAGUCGCUAUGUGGAGCGAGUAUAUGGAUGCACAGGUUUUAGAUACACGCGUAUGGCCACGCGCAGCAGCAGUGGGGGAGCGGCUGUGGUCCGACCCGCCGGCGGCGCGCGCGCCCGACGCGCGGCUGCACGCGCAGCGCGCGCGGCUCGUGGCGCGCGGCCUCGCGCCCGACGCCAUAUCGCCCGGCUGGUGCCAACAGCACGACGGGAAAUGUCUCUAGUGGUCACAUUGUUACGUCACACGACAUCAACCAAUCACAGCGAAGCGUGCUUCAGUGAGAACGCUAAUUCGCGGUUUCUACGGAUUGAAGCAUAAAUACAAUCUGUGACUCAACAUCGUCGGAGAUGCGGUUCCCCAGACAUAACACCUUGUAUGGCGGAAGAUCUUCCCUUUGGUGGCGAUCGACAUAACUGACGGACUUACCAACUAGAAUGAAGAUAAUAAAGUAUGAUAUAGAGUCUAUGGUCUCAUUGCAAGUGGACUCACGCCGAAUGUUACAUCGCCGUACUGAUGUAGACAAUAGGCAACUUAAUAGGAAAGCGUUACCU